AUAUAUAUCACGUGACCUGUUCAACCAAUCGCGCCUUUCUCUGCGUGACGUUUCCGGGUGUUGACAGAAAGAUCUAGGAGAAAACACACAACUCUCCAAGGGUUGUCGCUGUGCAUAGAGCUACGGGAUGGUGUGAUACAACUGGAUGUGAAAGAGGGAUCGGCCCCCUCUGUAAGCAUGGCCUCAGAGCUCCACGAUGCCAUCCUCAUAGCCAAACAGGAGCGCCACAAGAACCUUUUCCUCAACUACAGGAACCUGAACAUCUUUCCUGUGGAGCUCUUAAAAGAUGAAGGCCUGCAGUUCCUGGAAAGACUCUACAUGAAAAGAAACUCGCUCACAACACUGCCUGAUAAUCUCGCACAGAAACUCCCCAACCUGAUCGAACUGUAUCUCCACUCAAACAACAUUGCCUUCAUUCCUCAAGCUAUCGGGAACUUGGCGAGGCUGCAGUCGCUGGAUCUAAGUGAUAACGCCCUGCAGGUGAUCUGCCCCGAGAUUGGACGCCUGCGCUCGUUACGCCACUUACGACUGUCCAACAACCAUCUGAAAUGCCUUCCACCAGAGCUGGGGGAUUUGAAGGAGCUGGAGACUCUGGAUGUGUCCAUGAAUCUGUUAAGGACUCUCCCAGAGCAGCUGCACCAGUGUGUGUCUCUACAGUGUCUGACAGCCGACCGGAACCUCCUGCAGUGCCUCCCUCGUCAGCUGUGUCAGCUCCCAGACCUCAACGAGCUCUCCAUGGCUGCAAACUGCCUCAAAUCACUGCCUCUGGAUCUCGGCCGCUCCAUGGAGCUGCAGUUCGUCUUCGUGGACAAUAACGCUCAUCUCACUGGUCUGCCGUCUUUCCUGUAUAACAAGGUCAUCGGCUGCAACGGGUGUGGCGUUACUCCACAUGUCUCUGAUGUGACACGGCUGUCUCUGACCAGCGGAGAUCUCAACGUGCCUCUGCCAUCUGAAGUGAAGGCUCUCGCCACUGAGGCUGACCGGGUUCUGACGUUAGAAGAGAUGGCCAUGAGAACACUGCAUGUUGCUUACAGCAGAAACAGGAAGGACUCUGCGUUCUUGCCAACAUAUCUACUGCCCACCAGCCUGUUUGAGCUGUUCCAGUGUCCGCUGGGUCACUGCCAUCGCUGCAGUCAGCCCAUGUUCACCAUCGUCUACCCCAAACUCUUCCCCCUCAGAGACACAGCACUGGCUGGAGUGCACAGGAGAACGACGGUGAGUUUUGUAGCUUACUGCUGCUCCAGUCACUGUUUGCAGAUGUUUGACCUACAGGGUUGAUUUCACCAUCUCAUCCGUCAUGGUGCUGUCGUCACGACCUGCCAGGAGAACCUUAUGAUAUCUUGCAUUGAUCUUGAACUACAGAAGAACAGAGGACACCUUGUACUUCUUGAGGACAUCCAAAGCAGUAAAAGUUUUGGCACCCAUUCAAAGUUAGUGUAGUAGAGCUCUCAGUAGUCAGCAUUGCCACUUUCUCUCGAUAUCAGACUAGUUUCAUUUUAUGAAGUGUUUUUAACCGAGACUAAAGAAACUUCUUUGCCAGAUCUUCCCCAAACCUCUAGAAAGAUAAGAAGUAUUUUUUAAUACAGCCGAAAUUCCUAUUUGAUGGAAGCGUCCUGAUGAUUUUCAGAUCUGUGUUAAACAGGUAUUUAUUCUUAUAAAGGAUUGAGCUCCAUUUAGGAGAUUUUCUGGUUGACAUUUUUUGGACUGUGACUUUUAUGACUGUUCUAGACCCAGUGAAGCACUACAGAAUGCUCCAGACAGGUCAUGCUAUUAAAGGAAUAUUGAAAACUUAGUUUUCAGUGUUUUCAGUACGAAGUCUUGCCCUGACUAAUGUUGCUAACAAGUACUUUAAAGUUGAGUUGUAGCUACAAUUAAUUCUAAAUAGGCAAAUGACGGAUACCAAAAACUUUUUGCAUUCUUUAAUGCAUCAUGAUGUCAUCAAAUAAACACAUUAUUCGUGGCCAUGACCACAAUCUACAUUCGUACCUGCAUCCAAUGAUAUUCAGGUUUUUUGUGUGGCUAGUCAUUGAUUUUUCCAACUAAACCUUUCCACAUGCACAUCUGACUGAAAUGAAAUGAUAUUCGUCAUCAUUUAUAGAUGAAACACCAUGUCUCCAUGCAUGUCGAGUUACCUGGAGACUGGGAAACAUUACGUAAAUAAACUUCACUGUUCAAUAAUA